GUGUCGUAACCACGCCAGCGGCGGCGUAUCACUGCGCGCGGGGGAGUGUGUAGUGUGAGGCGGCCCGGCCUGGUCCGUCCCCGUCGCCCCUUUCGCUUCCUCGCCUCCCUUCUCCGUCGCUCUCCUCCCGCCGCCGCCAUGAAGUUCGUCUACAAGGAGGAGCACCCCUUCGAGAAGCGCCGCUCCGAGGGCGAAAAGAUCCGCAAGAAGUACCCGGAUCGAGUCCCGGUCAUUGUGGAAAAGGCUCCGAAGGCCCGGAUAGGUGACCUGGACAAGAAGAAGUACCUUGUCCCUUCAGACCUCACAGUCGGGCAGUUCUACUUCCUGAUUCGGAAAAGGAUCCACCUCAGGGCCGAGGACGCGCUUUUCUUCUUUGUGAACAACGUCAUCCCCCCGACCAGUGCCACCAUGGGGCAGCUGUACCAGGAACAUCACGAGGAAGAUUUCUUCCUGUACAUUGCCUACAGCGACGAGAGCGUCUACGGCAGCGAGUAAGGCUUGCCUUCACCUGCCACCACCACCGGGACGGCCCGUGCUCCUUAAGGGACCUGCACUUUUUUUUGUUGUUUGUUGUUGAUUUUAUGUUCAAGAGCCUUUUGACCCAGGACUGGGGAGGAUUGUGGUUUUUUUCCCCCCUUAUCUUUUCUUUCUGGAGUGCCCCUUCCCACCCUUUUUAAACCGCCCCCCCCUUCUGUUAUGACUACUCAUACUUCUCUCUCCCUUAAUCCCGAUGCUGUGCCCUGGGCUUUCUGUUGAAGUGGUAGUGGGAUUGCGGCUACAAAAAUAUACCUCUCUUCUCCCGCAUUCUUUCUGUCUUCCCACCCCAUUUUUCACGUUUUUUGGGGGGAGGGGUUAGGGGGGGUCUCAGAUUCUCAACAACAAAAGAAAUCCUCCCCCGUUUCAAACUCUCAGCUCCACUACCAUGCCCUGAAUUUGCUCUUAUCUGGGGGUUGUACUCUGCCUGGCACUUUCUGUAACCAGAGCAGGGGAUGGAGAAUGCUAAUAAUUAAAACGGAA